AUGGCAGAUGAAACUACCUCAUCAUCUCCAACCAUUGAUCCCUACGAAUACCUUCAGUUCUUCCCCAAUCCCGACGGUACUGCCACUCGCAAAAGGAACGCACUCCUAUCUAAGACCAUAUCCGAUCCUGACCACGAUCCUCGAGUUCUCUUCAAAGAUGUCCCCAUCAACGCUUCAAACAAGACCUGGGCUCGCAUAUUCCUUCCCCGUCAAGUACUUGAUUCUUCCUCCACCACCAAGCUUCCUCUCAUAGUUUAUUAUCCCGGCGGAGGCUUCAUUAUCGGCAGCCUAGACGACAGUAUUUUCCACGAUUUUUGCUCAAACGUGGCGCUUGAAUAUCCUGCUGUAGUUGUCUCAGCCCAGUACAGGCUUGCCCCGGAGCACCGUCUUCCAGCCGCUUACAAUGACUCCAUGGAAGCAUUGCACUGGAUCAAAACUACCCAAGAAGAGUUGUUGAAAAAAUAUGCUGAUUUCUCUUCAUGUUUCUUAAUGGGGCUUAGUGCAGGUGCAAACACAGCGUACCAGGUAGGCCUGCGUGUAGCGGCACAGGUUGAAGACAUAUUGCCAUUGAAGAUCAAAGGGCUCAUACUGCAGCACCUUUUCAUUGGUGGGGUGAAGAGGACGGAGUCCGAGUUGAGGUUGAUGAAUAAUCUAACUCUUCCGCUAUGUGCUAGUGAUUUAAUGUGGGAAUUCUCAUUACCACAUGGCGCUGACCGUGAUCAUGAGUAUUGCAAUCUAACGGUGGGUGGUGGGUCAGAUGUCUUAGAUCAAAUCAAGCAACUUGGAUGGAAGGUAUUGAUCACAGCAACUACUGGGGACCCAAUGAUUGACCGUCAGGUUGAGAUGGCGAGAAUGAUGGAACAAAAGGGAGUUCAAGUGAAAAGUCAUUACGAUGAAGGAGGUUAUCAUGGAAUUGACGUUAUUGAGCCUGAAAAGCGUAAGGCUGUGCCUGUUAUCAUGAAAGAAUUUGUGAAUUCAGCCAUGGCUCCUCAGUCAGUGAAGGAUAUUGUUGGUUAA